AUGCACAACCCGGAAGUGGACUGCUUAUUUUGGCUAAGGCUCAUGGUCAAUGUAGUCCAACCAACACGAAGUUGUUUUGAAGUGAGCACGCUGUCUGAACGCUACCUCAUCAUCCCUGGGCUUAACACCAGCCGAGAAUUCUUGCAGCAGCGUUGGCAGAAGUUGCAAAGAAAGCUGUGCACAAUGAGUCUGGCCCUUCAUGAUCUCCUGGUGUGCUGCAGAGGCCUGGAAAGUGACAAAGCCACAGAAAGAAAAAAAGAGGCGGAACGCUUUAGAAGACUUCUCCGCUCUCCAGACACUGUGCAGGAGUUGGACCGUUCAUCUAAAAGUAAAGCCUCAAAGCAGCUCACAUGGGAUGCUGUUUUCAGAUUUCUCCAGCGCUAUGUCCAGAGAGAAACGGAGAGCAUCCAGUCGAGCAAGACCAAUGUCGCCUCCACAACGUUGGCAACACGUAAAAAGAAGAUGGCUGAGAUGUGCAGUUUGAUUAAGUUCUUCAUUCGAUAUGCAAAUAAGCGCGGACCUCGGUUGAAAUGCAGCGAGCUUCUAAAGCAUGUCAUGGAGGUGCUGCAGGGUUCCUACAGCUGUUCAGUCUAUGGUGAAGAUUACAGCAGCCUAUUGGUUAAGGACAUACUCUCUGUCCGCAAGUACUGGUGCGACAUCACCUCCCAGCAGUGGCACAUUAUUUUGGAGUUUUAUUGCGAUCUGCUUACCUCAUCAAACAAGUCGAUCAAUCGUGUUUUGGUUAGUAGAGUCAUUCAUACUGUAGUCCAAGGAUGCUGCAUGCAGACUGAUGGAUACGACAACAUCCUGUUUUCAUUUUUUCCCAAAGCACUUCUGAAUGCAAGGCAGGAGAAGCACUUGAGUGUUAUAGAGCACCUCGUCUCGGCUUUAAACAUAUUUUUGAAAUCUGCAUCCAUGAACUCCCGAAUGAGGGUGUGCUGCCUGGGGGAAGAGCUUUUCCCUCCACUGCUGUUUCUCUGGGCAGAUAUGAGACCAAGUGCCCAGCUCAAGGAGGAAAUAGUGGAGUUUUGUCAAUUACAAAUCUGUGUUCACCAUCCAAAAGGGGCCAGGACACAAGAGACAGGUGCACAUGCAGAGGACUGGCCAAAGUGGCGCAGCCUUUUGUACAGCUUGUAUGAUACUUUGGUCAGAGACAUCAGUGAUAUUGGCAGCAGAGGAAAAUAUCACACAGGGACCAGAAAUAUUGCCCUCAAAGACAGUCUAGUCCAUCUGGCGGCUGAUAUUUGUCACAUGCUUUUCAGUGAGGAUCAUGUCCAGUCUUUGGAGGUGACUCAAGCCAUGUUUAGAGCCACACAAAUGGGAAGUCCUACUCAAGGAGCAGCCAGCAAGCGACGUCGCAUAGAACUGAGUUGGGAGGUCCUCCGGGAUCAUCUGCAGCCUCAGCAAAAAGACUUUGAUAUUAUUCCAUGGCUGCAGAUCACUGCACUACUCGUAUCCAAGUACCCGUCCAUGGUACCUGCUCAGGAGCUCGUUCCUCUGCUCUCGGUGCUUUACCAGCUGCUGGCUGAGGCGCGAAGAGAGCUGAGCAGACUGUGGUGUAAAGUCUGGUCUGUGACUCUAAGGGGGGUCAGUUCUCCCCAUACAGAGAACCCCAGUCUAGAUCUGCUCGCAGCCAUUGUCCACGGAGAACUAAUUCAUAUGGACAAAGAGCUCUGGAAACUCUUCUCUGGAUCAGCUUGUAAACCAUCACCGAGUGCUGCUCUGUGUUUGGCCCAGGCCCUGGUGACUUGGCCUGUUCCUAAAGUCUGUCCUUCGACUCGAGGAUGGGUCAGUGAAGGAGCGCUGGAUGUGUCAGAGGCCUCAAAUCUAAAGGACUCUAUAAUUGAAUGGGUUCUAAUGAGUGACCAGAGUGAGGAUCUUGAGGACAGCUCCAGGCCUCACCCCAUCAUCUGCAGAGACUUCCCUGAAUAUUCUGCCGCAAGUAUCUUAGUAUCGUUAACCUUUAAAGACACCAGGGCUGGGCUCGGGCAUCUCCUCCGUUGCGAUGAAAUGGAGAGUGCCUUCAAUCAGGAUUAUGUAAAACCCGAUACACAAACAUUGAAUGAAAUUGAGCUGCUCUUCAUGCAGUUUAGCUUCAGCAGUGUCUGGUCUAAAAAACAAGAACAUUGUGGCAGAAAGAGAAAUCAAACACAUCACAGCCAAUUCACCGCUCUUCCUGGUCCCAGAGCUAAGUUAGAGAAAUCCUUAAGUUUCAUGGCUGACAAUCUCCUUAACUGCUACUCACCUGAUUCCCUGUCCACACCCCCAGAGUGUCUGGUGCGGUGUCUGAGUCUGCUGACCUGUGUUUUAGCUGCGUAUGUUGGCACUGGACUCCUGACCCUAGAGGAGGCUUAUCGCUCUCCACUCUUCCAAAAAGCAAAAGCUGUUGCUCAGGACUUCAGUGGUUUUAUUUCAAACAUGAAAGUGAAGUUGUCAGAGGAAGGAAUUCUGUCUACACUUAUAUGUGUGAUGAAGCUUUGUGCUGUAGCUGCCAAAAGGAUGAAUAAGAACCAUGUAUUUUGUAGUUCCUUGAGUCUGUUCAUGAUGGUCCUGCCCGGCAGUCUCCUUGCUGAACUCUCUGACCUCUGCAAGUUGUUGCUGAGCAGUGUUUCCAAGAGGGUCAGUCUGGAGGAGGAUGAUCUCAUGGAUGAUGACUUGAACCUGACGAGAACCCAACACGGAGAUGAAGCAGACUUAUUUGAGGAUGAAGAAGCUCCUCACAGCAGCUCCAGUGGUAUUCAGGGACCAAAGGAAGAAGCGGACAACUCCACAGGGCCUGGUGCAAAAUGUCCAUUAGGCGACGACAGCUUGACUCUGCAGGACAAGGCUCUUCUCCCCAUCCUAGAGUUCCUGUGUGCGUGUGGGUCCGUGCCCGUUGUACCUGGCCUGCUCUUCAAACCGCAGGAGGUGCGGCGCAGGCUGCUGCUUCUUCUGGAACAUAUAGACUUCAGUAAGGCGCUACACCUCCACAUGUAUCUUGUUCUGUUAACAAAACUUCCUGCUGUGGACUCUCUCGCACCAGAGGAGUUUGAUUCUCUGCUCAGGCCUCUGGCAGACCUGUGCUCAAUCUAUCGCCAAGACCAAGAGAUUUGUUCUGCGGCUCUCUUAGCUUUGCAGCCCUCAAUCCAAUCUUUAGGCAGAACUCGGUACUCGUUAGAAGAGAUGAAACACGUUCAUGGAUCUUUACUACAGGUGCUGUCUGGCUUUUGUUUCCUCAGCCAAACUGGGAAAUGCAUGGCCACAGUCCGCACAGCGUUGGUGAGAUGCCUUGUUGCACUGUUAGAGGCUGAUCCUUGCUGCAAGUGGGCCGUUCUGACUGUUAAAGAGGAAGUCCUUCCAGUAUCAGUGAUUCUACCUUCUCACCUGGCAGACUCACAUCACCAAGUCCGGAUGCUGGUAGCCUUGUCAAUUGAGAGGUUAUUUGUAGAUACAAGACCAAAUGAUCUAAAAAUGUUACCUCUGAAAACGCAGCAGGAAGCAUUUGAAAACCUUUACCUCAGGGCUCAGGAGGCCAUGGGGCUGCAGAGACGCACUUGUCCGGAGAAGAAACCAGAUGAAAUGUUCAAUCGUAAAGCUGUUCUUUUAAAGACCCUGUCCUCAGUAUUGUGCUGUAGUCCAGUUUGUGAAAAACAGGCAUUGUUCGCUUUGUUGCAAUCAUACAAGGAGAAUGAUAUUGAAGAACAGAUGAUUAAACAGAUGUUGUGUGCCGUUUCCAAAGAGUUGGGCUAUAAAGACGUAAAAGCCAUGGUUACCUAUCAUCUGCAUUACUUGGUCGCUGAGUGGCUCGCGCUGCGGCAGUCCGAUGACCGCUACACUCUGGGAUCAUUUCCAAGCACCCUUCUAGAUCAGAACACCGUCAAGGAUUUCUACAACUCUUGCUAUCACGUGUUGGUCCCACACCUGGUCUUGUUGGAGGACUUUGAGCAGGUGAAGUCUAUCAGCAGGUGUGUGGACAAGGACUGGAGAGACUUGCUCGCUGACUGCUUCCCCAAAAUCAUGGUCAACAUCCUGCCAUACUUUGCUCUUCCUGGUCAAGACGCUCUGGUUACUGAGCAGAGAGAGAAGGCCCACAGAGUGUACGACCUGCUCAAGGAGCCCAACUGUCUGGGCAAACCGCAAAUUGACAACCUAAUCCACAGUAAUCUGGCCAAUAUUGUGGUCGAGCUGCUUAUGACUUUGUAUGAAGGAAGUGGUGCUGAUGGAGACAGAAGUGACCUGAAAAGCUUCACUGGGGAACUGGAUCCUGCACCAAACCCUCCACAUUUUACGUCUCAUGUCAUUAGAGCAACCUUGGAAUACCUCAGCAAGUGCCACAGUGCCAACCAUAAAUCCUUGGUGGCCAUUUUGUCCAAAAACCCAAGUUCAAUCCAAAGAAUAUUGCUGUCUGUGUGUGAACGGGCUGCGGAGACGACCAAUAACUACGAACGCCACCGCAUCCUGAUGAUGUACCACUUAUUUGUGAAUCUGCUGCUGAAGGAGGUCAAAGAUGGACUGGGAGGAGCCUGGGCCUUUGUGCUCAGAGACAUCAUCUACACACUUAUUCAUCACAUCAACGGCCAGCCAGAGCAGUGCGAUGAGGUGUCGGGCCGCAGCCUUGCUCUCUGUUGUGACCUGCUGACCUCGGUUUGUAAAGCAUCUCUUCAGUUCUGUGACGAUGCUUUGGACUGCCACCUACAGGUCAUUGUUGGGACUCUUACAGCGCAAGUCACCACCCAGCCGAGGAUUUCUCAUCAGGUUCUCAGUCUCCUUCGGCUUUUAGUCAUUGAUAAUGUUCAGAAGUUGAAAGGAGCCAUCUGCAAACUCGAUUCUUUUCCGGAUCUCCCAGAGUUCAGGGAGCUGAGGACGGUACAACAGAAGCUCAAAUACAACAGUGGGACAUUUACUCUCCGACAGGAGAUCGCACACUUUCUGUCAGUGACGCCGUGCGAGUCUUUGCCUCUGACUCGGUUAGAGGGUGUGAAGGAGCUGACCAGGCAGCUGCAGGUCAACAAGAGCAAAGUAAAAGAGCUCCUCAAAGAGUGUCAGACGGACCACACAGACAGCGCUUUGGUGAAGUUAGUUCUUUCACUUCUUAACCUUUGCAAGUUGGCGGCAAAUCAUCCUGAAGGAAUGGACAUCUUUGUGGCUGCUGGGACUUGUCUUGGGGAGCUUGGUCCUGUCGACUUGUGGACCACAGCGUUGCUCCAUGGCAGAGAUCCAGUGUAUCAGGCCGCCUCCGUCUUCAGUUCCUCAGACUCUCAGUAUAUUUACAUUAUUCUCAACUGCAUCAAUGACACCCUGACCGACCAGCGGAUUGACGUGAGACAGGCCUCAGCCCACUGCGCAAAGAAUAUUUUGGCAUCUCGCUGUGGAAUAGACUUUUGGGAAGAAUAUAAGGACAACAGAGACCCAAUGUUGGCCUACCUUAACCCCUUUCGUAAGGCUAAGAUGGAGUCGCUGGGUGUAAGUGCAGAACAGAGUAAGGAGGCUGGAGAGAAGUUGCAGAAUCCGGAGUUCUGGAUUCCUCAGGCAGGAGGACACAAAGCCUGGCUCAUCUCCCUGUGCACGGCUCUUUUGGACAGUGGAGCGGUUAGGAAUGAGGCGCUGCUGCUGACACGACCGCUCUGCCUGGUGAAGGUGUCUUGCUGUCAGAAGUUGCUGCCGCUUAUCGUCCACUCGGUGCUGCAGGAUGACCUGGAACUCGGCGGUUCAUGGAGAGCAACUCUGUCACUGCGCAUUCAGGACUUUUUCAACUUCUUCUCCAAAGGUGCCGCAGGAGCAAGCCGCUCAGCCACACCUAUCAAUUCUAGCCCAGUCUCUGAUGUUGCAAGUCAGGGCCUGUAUGACAAGGCCUCUCUGCGUACUAUGUUAUCCGUUAUUGACUAUUUAAGACAUCAAAUGAAGGCUGACAACAGGUCUUGUGGUACGAUUUGUCACUCAAACUUCUGGCUGGACCUGAACUACCUGGAGGUGGCCAAAGCUGCACAGUCCUGCUCGGCUCACUUCACCGCUCUUCUCUACACCGAGAUCUAUGUAGAUAAAAUCAAAUCCAACCUGGAGGACAAUAAAAGAAACAGACCCAGAGGCACACGUAGAAUCAACUUCGACGACAGCAGUCAGAACAUGACCAUCUCCAGCUUGACUGAAAAGAGCAUGGAAGACUCAAACAUCAGCUUACAAGAGCUGCUUAUAGAAGUGUAUCGUAGCAUUGGGGAACCAGACAGUCUGUACGGCUGUGGAGGGGAGACCACCACCAGUCCUUUGACCAGAAUUCGAACAUAUGAGCAUGAGGCUCUGUGGGGUAAGGCCUUGACAUCAUAUGAUCUUCAUUCUUCUCUGCCUGAGGGCAUUCGACAAGUGGGCAUUGUGGAGGGGCUACAGAACUUUGGUCUGAGCAGUAUACUGUCCACAUACAUGAGGGGCCUGGACAGUGAAGGAGUGGAGUGGGGUGAAGAGCUCCGAGAGCUGCGCUUUCAGGCGGCCUGGAGAAACACUCAGUGGGACUUUGACAUUCCAGAAAAGAGUGACAAAACCAAACUGGGCUUCCAUGAGUUUGUGUACUCUGCCUUGCAGGCCUUAAGAGACAAGGAUUUCUCAGUGUUUGAUGAUAACAUCAAAGAGGCUCGAGGAGCAGAGGUGGAGGAGUUGUGCAGAGGCAGCCUAGAAGCGGUGUCUUCUUUAUAUCCAGCUCUGAGGAAUCUGCAAACUAUAAGAGAACUGGAGAGUGUAAAACAUCUCUUCUCCAGACCCUUCUCAGACACAGGUCUGAGAGAGGCUUGCAGCCAGUGGCAGCAGCACCUGCAGCUGUUGGUGGACAGUGACUUCUCUUUAGUGGAGCCCAUUCUGGCAGUGCGCUCUGUGUCGCAGCAGACACUGCUGUCCCUGCAGCAGGAGGCAGACAGUGUGCAGUGUGUCAGCUCGGUCCUCACUGAGCACCUCAUGGAGCUGAGCCGGCUCGCCCGCAGGGCUGGAAACACACAGUUAGCAGAGCGUGCAGUUUUCCAAAUGAAACGCUACAGUAGUGGUGGAUCCUGGACGUCAAACUAUAUGUUUUCAUGGCAACUGGAGGAGGCCCAGGUGUUUUGGGCCAAAGGAGAGACGGGGCUGGCUCUGGGUCUGCUCAGAAAGAUGAUCCAGCACUUGGAGGAGAAGGUGGAUUUUAAUCCUGCGCUUGUUCCGGUCUUCAGUGAGUGUCUGAGGCUGUGUGGGACCUGGUUGGCAGAAACCUGUUUGGAAAGUCCUGGAGUUGUAUUGGAGAAGUACCUCGAGAGGGCAGUGGAGGUCAUUGAGGAGUUUGAGAACAAGCAGGCUCUGCUGGAGAAAGCGAAAGAGGAAGUGGACCUGAUGAGAGAGCGCAAAGUCACAUCCAACAGGUACACAGUGAAAGUCCAGAGGGAGCUGGAGCUGGACCAGAAGGCUCUGUCCAACCUGCAGAGCGACCGGCAGCGCUUCCUGCAGAAAGCUGUGGAAAACUACAUCCAGUGUUUGGAGCAGGGCGAAGAGCACGACACCUGGGUCUUCAGACUGGCCUCGCUAUGGCUCGAGAACGCCGACCAGAGGGACGUGAACGACAUGAUGAAGAAAGGCGUAAAGAAAAUCCCCUCCUACAAGUUUUUGCCGCUCAUGUACCAGCUGGCAGCUCGAAUGGGAACCAAACUGACCAACGGCAGCAGCGAAGACGUGGGCUUUCACAGUGUCCUCAGUGAGCUGAUUUGCCGCUCGUCACUGGAGCACCCUCAUCACACGCUCUUCAUCAUCUUCGCUCUGGUAAACGCCAACAAAGACGAGAACUUUUGCAGAUCUCGCUUAUCCAAGGCGGCGUCACGGCAACCAUCACAAUUCGACCUGGAGCGUUCCAACGUGGCUCUCAAAGUCAUCAGUGGCAUCAGGAGGAAGAGAGGUCAGAUGAUCCAGGACAUGGAGCGCCUGUGUGACGCCUACAUCACGCUGGCGUACAUGGACGCCAAUCGACACAAGACGGAGAAAAGAGCUAUCCCCAUUCCUGCAGACCAGCCCAUCAUGCAAAUUAAACACUUGGAUGAAGUUGCAAUCCCGACAAUGGAGAUCAAGGUGGACCCGACUGGCUGCUAUGAGGACAUCGUCACCAUUAACAGCUUUCUUCCACAAUAUCACUUGGCCGGAGGAGUCAACCUGCCCAAAAUCAUCGACUGUGUGGGCUCCGACGGCAAGAGCCGGAGGCAGCUCGUCAAAGGUCAGGACGAUCUGCGGCAGGACGCGGUGAUGCAGCAGGUGUUCGGGAUGUGCUCCAUGCUGCUGCAGAGGAACAGUGACACUCGCAAACGCAAACUCAACAUCCGCCGAUACAAGGUGGUUCCUUUCUCUCAGCGCAGUGGUGUGUUGGAGUGGUGUUCUGGCACAGUUCCUAUCGGGGACUUUCUGGCCGACCCCGUCAAAGGAGCCCACAAACGCUUCCGGCCAACAGACUGGACCAACCUGGAAUGCCGCAGGAAGAUGAUGGACACUCAGAAGCAGGCCUUUGAUGAGAAGCUGCAGAUGUUCCUGGAGGUGUGCCGGAACUUCAGGCCAGUCUUUAGAUACUUCUGCAUGGAGAAGUUUCUGGACCCCGCUGUGUGGAUGGAGAAGCGCCUGGCCUACACCCGCAGUGUGGCUACGUCCUCGAUAGUCGGAUACAUCGUGGGUCUGGGGGACAGACACAUCCAGAACAUCCUGGUCGAUGAGCAAUCUGCUGAACUGGUGCAUAUUGAUUUAGGUGUUGCCUUUGAGCAGGGGAAAAUCCUCCCAACGCCAGAAACGGUUCCAUUCAGGCUUUCUAGCGACAUAGUGGACGGCAUGGGCAUCACCGGUGUGGAAGGAGUUUUUAGAAGGUGUUGUGAAAAGACCAUGGAGGUGAUGAGGAGCUCCCAAGAGGCUUUGCUGACUAUUGUUGAGGUGCUGUUGUACGACCCUUUGUUUGACUGGACCAUGAACCCUCUGAAAGCCUUCUACCUCCAACACGACGAGCAGCAGGAGCUCAAUGCUACUCUCAGCUCCACUAUGGGAGCAGACGACAUGGACAACCAGCGCAAGUCUAGCGACAGUCAGAGCUACAACAAAGUGGCCGAGCGGGUGCUGCUGAGGCUCCAGGAGAAGCUGAAGGGAGUGGAGGAGGGGACGGUGCUCAGUGUGGGGGGACAAGUCAACCUGCUCAUUCAACAAGCCAUGGACCCAAAGAACUUAAGCCGCCUGUUCCCGGGAUGGCAGGCCUGGGUCUAG